AUGUUAACGUUGUUUAGUAUAAUCUCGACAGCAAGCAAGACUGACAAGGAAAGUAAAAAGAGAGAAAACGAGGUAUUUUGUAAACAAUUAUAUAAACAUUAAUUUAGUAUGUACAAUCAAACAAUCAAUAUUUCUCGAAUUACAUCGUGGCUUCAUUUUAUAAAUAAAUAUAUAUAUAUAUAUAUAUAUAUAUAUAUAUAUAUAUAUAUAUAUAUAUAUAUAUAUAUAUAUAUAUAUAUAUAUAUAUAUAUAUAUAUAUAUAUAUAUAUAUAUAUAUAUAUAUAUAUAUAUAUAUAUAUAUAUAUAUAUAUAUAUAUAACUUCAAAGAAACUUAUUUUUAAAUUAAGAAACUUAUUUUUAUUUCAAACAUGUUAUCAGUAUUACAAACGAUAUUUGAUUCGAAGUAAUAGUGACAAAAUAAAGAAAGUGACAAAGCAAAAAAGAACAUCGUAUUCACCAAGGUAUAUGUGGAACUGAACACUAUAGGGAACGGAAUUCGAAAUUUUGAAAUACCACAGGGAACAUCUUCUCAUUCUGAGAAACAAUCCUUUAAAAGUUUAAUUGAAUUGCUAGCUGUCGCUGCAUCCAUCCGGUUCGUUAGAAAAUCGAUGAGUCAAUUAAUAAUAGUUGGUGGAAUAGUAAGUUGGUAUAGUUUUUAUUAGCCAAUAUCAAACAAUUAUCUAUAUAAGUAAAUGACUUGAAAAAUCAAUCUUAAAUUUCAGUAAUGACUGAAUUUGUACUUCAUUUGAAUAGGGAAAUUCCUGUAAAGAUGGAGCAGGCGAACGAGCCUCCUCUGGAGAGCACAAGUACGUUAAACUGUAAUAAAUUGAACUCAUAAAGAUGUUGUAUUAUUUUGUAUGAGUUAUGAACAAAUCAGUAGUAAUUGGUUAUUAAAAUGAAAGGCUCGAAUUUUGUUCGUAGCAUUAUUCAUUUUCUUUAAUUAAUCAAAAUAAUCAAUAUCGAUAAAUUAAAUGGACAUGCAUAUGUACCUUCGGAAGCGAUUAAUUCACCUGAAAUUCAACUAAUUUUUCCUUUAAAAUAUCCAGGAGUGACUUACAGAAUAAGUUGGUGGCCAUAGAGGAUGAUGUCCCUCAAUGCAGUGAGGUAUGAAUUACAGUAGUUUCAUAAAUCAUAUUGUUAUAUAGCUAGGGUGAAUACCAAACGUGAUUAACUGAUUUGUAGUCACGUGGCUUUAGAUAAAUGCAAUAUAUCCCGCCAGGCAACAAGUGAAAAGUGCAUGCAUGUUCUUCGCCCCGACCGGUUAUACUACGUACAGAAAUGCACCGCGGCACCGCUAGUACUUGCAUGCAAGUUUUUAAAAUACAAUUUUCCAGGUUUAUCUUAAAAUAAAGAAUGUAAAAGUUAAGAAAAUACGCCACAGGCAACCGGAUAUGCUACUGAAAACUGAUUAGGCGUAGGUUCUUUUAAUUUUAAACUCGUUUAAUAUAUACUAUCGAGUUCUUGUAAUGAAAUACAAAUGUUGUUAAUUUGUUAUGGACGUUAUGGACAGUAUCGACCGUUUGCAUGACCCCGCCUGUUUGACUUGAUUGCUUUAUUAACAUCUCUAUGAAUCUCUGCUUAUAUAAAACACAGUGACAUAAUUACUUUUUCGUCACAGAUAGAGUUAUAAAAUAAAUAUGGACUUUUAUAUAUAGACUCACAGCUCAUUAAAAAUAAAUUUUAGAAAUAUACAAUUUUUUUUUCAAAAAUGUUUGCAGAAUGUAUAAAGAUUCUCUACGCUUAUCACACAAGAAUGGAAAUAAUUAUAAUAAAAUUCGAAAACUGAUUCUAUAUUAUGUAAACAAAAAUAUUUCUCGGGUUAGUUUUGUUUAGAAAAGGCUGAGAAAAUUGGUAAAAUGAAACAUAAAUCUAGUGCUCUAAAUAGCUAUUAUAGUUUUAAUAAUAUUUUCGUUGAUUUAUAAUUACUGCCUGAAAAAUAUAUGGAGAAUUUCGACGUUUCGAACGAAAGCCCUUCGUUUGUAGUUACCCAUACUAGUAAAUCAAAACGAAGGGCCUUCGCUUGAAACGUAUAGAAAUUUUCCUUAUAUUUUACAGGCAUGCAGUUGCAACCCUAUACCAACGAAAGCUUGCAUGUUCAUAUUAUUGGCACUAUACCUAUACACUUUUCACUUUACAACUAAAGUUUCGAAAACACAUCGUCAGCGACACUGUAGAGCACAACUAAAACAUCACACAUCAUACUACUGAAUAGUUUGAGCCUAUAUACUGUAGGAUACAAAACAAAAUGGUUUUAAAACAACAUCACUGCAAGGCCAGCAAAAUGGCCAACUAAAUCAGACAAACAAAAGUUUGAAGGGAAUAUUUCUGAUCGCAGUUUAAACAAGUUUUAAAUCGUCCGUAAAUAUGUUUUACAGAUCAUUUUUUGAAAAGAUCAUUUUUUUGAAAAGCACCAUGUACUAUAGUCUGCUGGUAAAUAUUGCGUCCGAUUUACUGCAUGGUCAACUAGCCAAUCAAAACGCGCACCUUCACUCGAAACGUCGAAAUUCUGACUAGUUUAAUUAACAGGUAAUUGCAUCCAUAGCGACGAAAUCUUGUUAUUUGAUUGCCACAACCACAGUACCACAACCUAACAUAUUGGCACAGACUGUUCAAGUUUAUACGUUAUUUAGCUAUACUUUUUAUUUGUUACUUUUUAUCUUAGAAAUGUUUAACAGUUGGAGAGCAAGUCACUAGCAUUGAGAGGUUUGUAAAAAUACAUUAUGUCGUCUUUCCAUUUGGUCACAACUAUCGUAACCGUGCCAUCUCGUCCUAUAUUUGUGUGCGAAAUGCAAAUCAGAGUGUAGAGACACUCCAUAACAUUGUUCAAGAUAGUUAUAUGAAAACCAUGCUUCAUGGUAUAUAUUCGUUUUUGCACGGUUCGCUUUAGUCUGUUCUUUAUUUAUAAUACCUAUCAUCUAUAUUCCGAAAAACCAUUAUAUAAUCGCCACGAUUUUCCAUGCAGCGACAGUCUUUAAAUUAGACAAACAUUAAAUUAAACGAUAACUUGCAUAUAGUGUAAAGUAUGAAAGUGUGUGACUAAUACUGAGGAGAAUUAUAAUUGGAGAGUUAAAUAGAAGAUUUAAAAUUUCGGACAGUUGGGUUCCAGUCUUGUCCAAACCACGCCACUUUUUAGCGACCGCGCGGUCUAUGUUCCUAACUCUCCCGAUAAAAUUUGGUUCAACUCACUUCUGUACAAAUGAUGCCAGGUUAAACGUUUUUGUAACUCUCUGUUGUCAUGGUUGGGAAGCAGAAAGUGAGUCGAAUAAACGGCGUUCAAAAAAGAGGCAUAUGACGAACGUCUACACUGCAUUGGCAAUGAUACUUUGAGGAGAUUUGCCAAUGAACGAGAUUUCUUAGAGAAUUAUUUGAUGCCUCCUGCCGUCUCCUAGCUGUGUGUACAUAUUGUCUUAGAUGUGACGAAUGUGCCAGUAUGGAAUGUAGCAUAUCUGUGCACCACACAGGAUAACAGACAGUUUCACGAGGCCAUGUUUACAUUGUAUCUGAUCACUUUGUGUCCGACGCAAAAACCAUACCGGAUAGGGCUUCUGUUUACAUAUGAAAUGUUGUUAUCGUCUCAAUUUCUGCAACGAACCGGUGGUGCUGCAGGUUGCUUUUUUCGGUUGAAUGCGCGACUGAAGAUAGGCGUAUAGCAAAAACUUGCUAUUCUAAUCUUUUAAAUGAUGUCUGUAAUAUUGUUCUAUUUGGUAAAAAAAUAUAAGCAAAUACGACGGCGUAGAAGGGCGGGGCUAGAAGCUGUUUCCAUUUCAGUCGUAACGUUUCGCGAACGACGCAAAAACCGAUCAAUGUAACAAUGUAAACAUAGCCUCAGUUGUGCACCACCGCCGUGUCCAUGUCCCGCGGGCUCAUGCCCUGUGCAAAAUUUUUCGUUUCACUAUAAAUAGCCUUUUAGUUGCAUUUAUUAAUUAAAUUAACUUCUGAUGCAAUCUAAAUAAAUUUGUAUUGGAUACACAGAAAGUUAUUUUUUAAGUUUACAGAGGGGAAUACCCUCUUCGGUGUAGGCUAAUGAUGUAUAAGCCUUCUGAUAUAUAGAAAAGAGGGGCGAAGGUAGUUUUACCAAAAGUUUCGAGUUUCCUGUUUGGAACUUGCAUGUUGGGGCGUGGUUCAAAUCUAAUUCUCCAAUUUAAUUCUCAGGUAAUCACAACCCCCAUUUCAGCUUUCCCAUUCUGAAAAUUUGUGGGAAUGAUUUUUAAGUAGAUCUUUAUUUUUACCCAAUAACCAUUCCAAUAUUGUGAACAAUAUAUUGAUAAUAUAUAUUGAUAAUUCAAGUAGCACCGAAUUCAUAUCAUGAACUAUGAAUUUUAUUGUAGCUUGAUCAAUAGCAUUCAAGUCGAAACUGGGACAAGUGUGGUGGCACCCAUUGAACUCUGGGGACUUGUUGAUGCAAACCACCCAGAACUCUCAAAAUAUGUCCACGAACUCAAACAAAAAGACUCUAGUUUCCGUCCCGGCUGGAUAACAGACGCCGUAAGUACAGUGUUACAAUAAUACGAUUUACUUACAGAUGUACGAAGACAUUUUAAUUAUAAUUAUAAUUUAGACGCGAAAAUAACUAAAAUACCCAAAAUGCGACAAUCAUAGAAUUAACCGCAAAAAAACCCAUUCAGUGGAUUUUGUAUAACGAUAAUUCCACAUAAGUGGCACAUAAUCAUGACAAAACCUGAAACACAGUAAACGUCGCCUAAAAACAAGUCUUAGAGGGUACGAAGAUCACUGAGCUUCAGUACUUCCACUUCAUAUCUCAUAUAUCCUAUGAAUUCCUAACUUUUCUAAAAUUUCCUUAAUGUUCACCAACAUAUUUUUGUUGUUUUGAAUGUUAAGGGCAUGGUGCAUUUUGCACGUUUUUGAAAAGCAUUUUCGAAAAUAUUAGAUGUAAUUUGAUGGCGUUUGAUGUGUUAUUUGUUGCCACUAUAACUUGUAAUUUGGUAGUAUUCAAAGACUUUAUAUCAGGUCUGAAAAUUCCUCAGAAAUUUCUAGAAAAUUUGAUUUAUGUUAAUAUAGUUUGUUACGGACCAAUGGACCAUGCACCAUCCGGGAGUGUUGCUUAUUAAAUCAUUUUCUAUCUAUAUGUCUGUAUGUAUGACAAUAUGAGCCCGCACGAACGGGAGAAAAUUUCCAAAAUUUGCAACGUUUAAUAAUUAUAACAUAUUUUAGCUAAUUAUUCAUUCCAAAGAUAAUACACGAUUAUUUCACUUUCGUAUUGUUAGAUGGUCGAUUAGAGUAUAUGUGAAUUUCUAUCUACUAUUCAGGAUUGCAUGUUUGUAUAUUAAAUCGAAUGAAUUUGUAUCUUGUGUGCCUGUGUAGACUAUAAAAAUGUUUCCUUGAAUCCUAUCUCAGAGAUUAUUAAAGGCACAAUUGUAUGAUAACAACUACAUAAACAGGAAAGACCAUGACAAUCUAUUACGCUGGUAAUAUUCAGCAACACUAAAAAUUUUUUCCAAGCACAACAGGGUCGUAUUUCCAGUAGACGUCCGAUAAAAAAAAUCGUUUUUACCCAUUGUUGCCAAUUUUGUGCAAGAUAUCCGCUGACAACUGAGCCCACACGAGCUGGAGAAAAUUUGCCAAAUUUGAUCUGUGUGUAUAACCCAAUAUAUCACCGCUUGGCAUUUCACUUAUAACAUCUUUUAGCUAUUAUUCAUUAUGAAUAAUGCAUGCUUAUUUCCUUUUCGUAUUUAUAGGUAAUCGACACAUAUUUGAAAUAUGUGUGGGACUGCACUCGGUGGCGGAAAGAAAUCCUGGUGUGUUCUUCAUUGACACACCAAAUGGCAAUGAUGGGUGCCCUAGAGCUCUUCGAAGAUAAGGAGAUAAGGAAAGUAAUGAUUCCGUUAAAUUUUCGGGGGAGUCAUUGGACACUGUUG